AAUGGCGUCGUUGAUCACUCUCUCACUGCUACCAAUUCUCUUGUUCACCAUCCUCUCUCCUACACCUACACUCUGCUACGUCAAUUCAGACGUUGCAGGGGUACAACAAGUUACCACGGGCAGCUCUACUUACUCCACUUACAUCAUACUUGUUGAGCCACCGCCGACGACCGCCGACGAAGGCGAGCACCGUCGGUGGCAUGAGUCUUUCCUGCCGAGUUUGCGCACCGACGCCGGUGAUCCACGUCUACUCCACUCCUACACCGAGGUGUUCAGCGGCUUCACCGCGAGGCUCACUGCCACAGAGCUUGAAGUGGUGGCCAGGAAACCUGGGUUCGUGCGCGCCUUCCCAGACCGGAGACUGCGUUUCACGACCACGCACACGCCGGAGUUUCUCGGCCUAAGGAACGGAACCGGGCUCUGGAGUGACGCUGGCUACGGGAAAGGGGUCAUCAUCGGGUUCCUCGACAGCGGCAUCGACGCAGCGCACCCUUCGUUCGACGACCGUGGUGUCUCGCCGCCCCCGGCGAGGUGGAAAGGCUCGUGCACGGCGGCCCGCUGCAACAACAAACUCAUCGGUGCCAAGUCGCUCGUUGGUGGUGACUGCAGUGAUGAUUUCGGCCAUGGGACGCAUACCUCAUCUACGGCCGCCGGGAACUUCGUUGCCGGAGCAUCGGCGUACGGUGUGCACUCGGGCACUGCGGCCGGAAUCGCUCCCCAUGCCCACAUCUCCAUGUACAAGGUAGGCGAUGCUAGUGGUUCUGAUGAAUCCGUCGUGCUAGCUGGCCUAGACGCGGCCAUCAAGGACGGCGUGGACGUGGUCUCGCUCUCCAUGGAAGGAGAUCAGAGCCACUUCGAUCAGGACCCCAUCGCAAUCGGUGCAUUCAGCGCCAUAUCCAAGGGUAUCAUCGUGGUAUGCUCGGCUGGAAACAGCGGCUCCAAGAUGGGCACGGUUGCCAACGACGCGCCGUGGUUGCUCACGGUGGCCGCCGGCUCCGUGGACAGGAGCUUCGGCGCGAGCAUGCAUCUCGGCAACGGCAAGCGCAUCGACGGAGAAGCGCUCAACCAGGUGGUGAAAUCUGACGACGUAAAGUUCUAUCCUCUGCUCUACUCUGACAAAGAGCGCUACUGCAAGUACGAGGAUGACCAUGCCGUCACUGGAAAAAUCGUGGUUUGCGAAGUAUCAAAGCAUUAUAUUGCUCAGCAAGCCAACAUCCAACGCGUCAUGAGAGCCGGGGCAGCCGGCGUUGUGCUAAUGAACGACGAGACCAGCGGCUACACCAUUUUCCUCGGAGUGUACAACUCCAGCGUGGUGCAGGUGAGCGCCGCCGACGGCGACGCUCUCAGAGCUUACUCGGAGUCCGCGAGGAGCGCCAUGGCCAGUCUCACCUACAACAACAUGUUGCUCGGUGUCCGACCAGCCCCGGUCGUCGCGUGGUUCUCUUCCCGGGGUCCAAGCUCCACCUCCCCGGGUGUGCUCAAGCCGGACAUUCUCGCGCCGGGGCUAAACAUCCUCGCCGCAUGGCCGCGAAAUGUGAAACAUGGGCCGGGGGCUUUUAACAUCCAGUCUGGCACAUCCAUGGCCUCGCCACACGUCAGCGGUGUCGCGGCCCUUAUCAAGAGCUCACACCCUGACUGGUCGCCUGCCGCCAUCAAGUCGGCUAUCAUGACAACGUCGGACGCCCUCGACAACACUGGUGGCCCGAUCUUGGAUGAGCGGCACCGGAGAGCUGGCGCUUAUGCCACUGGUGCAGGCCAUGUGAACCCGACGCGAGCCAACGACCCUGGUCUGGUAUUCGACCUCGGCGCCGCUGAUUACGCCGGCUACAUCUGCGCCCUCCUCGGCGACCAUGCAUUGUCGGUCAUCAUGCGAAACUCUACCAUGACUUGCAAGAAUCUGCCGAAGGUCUCCGAGGCGCAGCUGAACUACCCGACCAUAACGGUGCCGAUGAAACCUACACCGUUCACCCUGUCACGAACGGUAACAAAUGUUGGGCCGGCAGAGUCUACGUACACGGUAGAGGUGGAAGCGCCGAGGUCGUUGAUUGUGCGUGUCUCCCCCGAGAUGCUUGCCUUUUCCAAGAUCGGAGAGAAGAAGACGUUCGAUGUAUCGGUGAGUAGUAGUCGCAAUAUGGAAGAAGGUGAACUCUUGGUGGAGGCAAGCUUGUGCUGGGUGUCGGAGAAGCACAUCGUGCGAAGCCCAAUCGUAGUUGUUGCUAACCUCGGCAGGCCUCCACCAUCAUAAUUGUUCACCGGU